AUGGCAUCUCCGGGUGGACCGGCCGACAAAAAUGACGAGGACAAAAAGGAGCAGUCUGAGCCGGGGGGCGUGGAGGACUAUGAGACGCUGAAAUAUCAGCUACUGGGGCCCUCUUUAACCAAAGCGGGUCAAGAUGCCGUGGAUCAGCAAAAGGUGUCGGAAAUCAUUUAUAACGCCUCCAAAGGUUCCAAAUUCUUCAACCACGAGCAGGAGCGAGAUCGCAAUCUCACGGUGAAAAUUGAGCGCAUUCUCAGAGAGAAAGCCCGUCUCGACGAACUCGAUUUGAGUCAGGAACGAAGAAGAGCUGACGAGUAUCUCGCCGAGCUGGAGCUGAGCCGAGACCUCUCUCAGUAUGUCAUCCAUGUCGACUGUGACGCGUUCUUUGCAGCGGUCGAGGAACUCGAUCGGCCGGAGCUGAAAACCGUUCCCAUGGCCGUCGGUAAAGGCGUGUUGACAACCUGCAACUACUUGGCCCGGAAAUUUGGAGUUCGCAGUGGCAUGGCGUCUUUUGUCGCGAAGAAGUUGUGCCCGCAGCUGGUCCUCCUCCCCCAGAACCACGAAAAGUAUACUGCGAAGGCCAACGAGAUCCGUGCCAUCAUGGCAGAAUACGACCCGCUCUUCGAGACUGCUAGUGUCGAUGAGGCUUACUUGAAUAUUACUGCCUAUUGUGAUGAGAAUCAGAUAGGCCCAGAAGAGGCAAUUCAGAGCAUGCGUGCACGAAUCCUCGAGACCACGAAGGUAUCUGUGUCCGCCGGUAUUGCUGCCAAUGCGAAGAUUGCCAAGAUUGCGUCCAACCAGAACAAGCCAAAUGGUCAAUUCCGCGUUGCGAAUGACCGAGAAGCGAUCAUGGAAUUCAUGCGCACGUUACCCGUUCGAAAAGUCAAUGGCGUUGGCCGUGUUUUCGAACGAGAGCUGGGCUCCAUCGGCGUCGUGACAUGUGGGGAUAUCUAUCCACAUCGUGCCUUGUUGACCAAGUUAUUUGGCGAGAAGGCAUUUCAAUUUCUGGCUCAGUGCUAUCUCGGUCUGGGACGGACAAAGAUUGAGCCGAUUGAGGCCAGCGAACGAAAGAGUGUGAGCACAGAGACAACAUUUAAUGAAAUCGGAGACAAAGAAGAACUUCGAUCCAAGCUCCGCUGGGCCGCCGAGGAGAUGGAAAAGGAUUUGGCACGCACCCAGUUCAAAGGGCGGACACUUUGUUUGAAGGUGAAACUUCAUACGUUUGAGGUGCUGACCCGCCAGACAGCUCCACCACGCGCCGUUUCUCAAGCAAAGGAUCUCUACGCAUUUGCUUUGCCUAUGCUGGCCAAACUUGAGAAAGACAUUCCUGGCAUGAAGCUGCGGCUUUUGGGUCUUCGAUGCUCGAAUUUGGUCAGCACCAAGAAAGUCGGUAUCAACUUUUUCGGCGCCGCGGCGCAGCCCAAGCCCAGCUCCGUCCGAACACCGGAAACACAAAUCGAGAAAGUCGACCAUGAGAUCGGCCCCGAGGAGGCGUUCGAGACGUCGGCCAGGCAAGAAGUCCAGGAUGAAAUGAAUGACCUGGAACAGCUGAGCCAAGAGGCUGCCGAUCUCCCUGAUUCAGCCGGGCCCAGCAGUGCUGUUGACUUGUUAAAAAGUCAACCCGCCCAGUGGGAAUGUCCUAUCUGUGGUCGGCCGCAAGUUGCGGAUGAUCGAGUCUUCAAUGACCACGUGGAUUUCUGUCUCUCUAGGCAGACCAUCCGUGAGGUGGUUGAAGACACCUCGCAGGGGGUGCCUUCAGUUCCAGCGACUCGCAAAAGAAAGUCCACUCAACCGAGCAGUGCCGACGGUGACCCGCGACAGAAACGACUUUUCUUCCUGUGA